AUGUCAAAUAUUGUAAAUCCAGAGUGCAAACCAGGGAAUCUAAGCGCAGGAUCACAAGUGCGUCCAUCCGUUCCGGGAAUCAACGACGCGCCAUCAAUAUUAUACGCGCGAAAUAAUAACCUGUGCAUUUAUUAUGAGGGGAUUGGCGAUUCUGCAACGGUUCCGCCGUACGAGAGCACGCACUUCUGGGGCCCGGUGUUCAACUGGAUGAUACCCAUAGCGGCCAUAGCCGACACGCAAAAGCAUCCGAGAAUCAUUAGCGGCAAAAUGACUUUGGCACUGGCCCUCUACUCCAUGGUAUUCAUGAGGUUCGCGUGGAAGGUCCAGCCAAGAAAUUUGUUGCUGUUAGCGUGCCACCUAGUCAAUACCUCUGCACAACUCGCACAGGGUUACAGAUACAUCGACUACUACUACCUCUCGCAGCAGAACUCUGUGAAAGAAUAG